UGCUGCGCCUGCGCGGGCCCGAGCGCGCUCUGCGGCGCGGUCCGCAGUGGAGGCGGCGCGAGCGGCGAGGGGGCGGCGGAUGGCUCUGCUGGGCCUGGCCGGCUCGGGGCCCAGCUCCCACGAGCCGUUAGACGAAGCGGUGGCGGCGGCCGAGGAGCGCGAGGCGCCGGCCGUGGUGGCGGCUGGAGCCACGCCCGAGGACGAGGAGGAGGACGGAGGCCGAAGCCGGGGCCUGCUGCGCUGGGAUGGCUUCUCGGCCUGGCUGCACUGCGUGUGUGUGGUGGGCUUCGACCUGGAGCUGGGCCAAGCCGUGGAGGUAAUUUAUCCUCAACAUUCCAAACUUACUGAUAAAGAAAAAACCAAUAUUUGCUAUUUGUCUUUUCCAGAUUCAAAUUCAGGUUGUCUUGGAGAUACCCAGUUUUGUUUUAGAUUUCGGCAGUCUUCUGGGAGAAGGGUGUCACUGCAUUGUCUCCUGGAUCAAUUUGACAAAGAUUUACCAGUUUUCUUAAAGAAGGAUCCUGCUUAUUUUUAUGGAUAUGUGUAUUUCCGUCAAGUUCGAGAUAAAACUCUAAAAAGAGGCUAUUUUCAGAAGUCCUUAGUUCUGAUCAGUAAACUACCAUAUAUUCACUUUUUUCACACUGUGCUGAAACAGAUAGCACCGGAGUAUUUUCAAAAGAGUGAACCAUACUUGGAAGCAGCUUGCAAUGAUAUUGAUCGAUGGCCCUCCCCAGUACCCGGGAAAACAUUAUACCUGCCGAUUAUGGGAGUAGUAAUGAAGGUACGGAUUCCCACAUGUAAUGACAAGCAUGGGACGACUCAAAUAGCGCAGUUAACUCAGCAGACAGACAAACAUAUAUCUGUUGUUUUACCCACUGUUCAUGAGGUGGAUCUUUUCAGGUGUUUCUGCCCAGUUUUCCUCCAUAGUCAAAUGCUUUGGGAGCUGGUGCUGUUGGGGGAGCCCCUCGUGGUCAUGGCGCCGUCACCCUCAGAGUCAUCAGAGACUGUUCUGGCACUUGUUAACUGUAUUUCUCCAUUGAAGUACUUCAGUGAUUUCCGACCUUAUUUCACUAUUCAUGAUAGUGAGUUCAAAGAAUACACUACUCGUACACAAGCCCCGCCCUCAGUCAUAUUAGGAGUAACCAAUCCUUUUUUUGCCAAAACGCUUCAACACUGGCCACACAUUAUUCGAAUAGGAGACAUUAAACCUGCAGGUGAAAUUCCUAAACAAGUAAAAGUGAAAAAAUUGAAGAACCUGAAGACAUUGGAUUCUAAACCUGGAGUUUAUACUUCCUAUAAGCCGUAUCUAAGUAGAGAUGAAGAGAUCAUCAAACAAUUACAGAAGGGUGUACAACAGAAGCGUCCUUCUGAGGCUCAAAGUGUUAUUCUCCGACGCUAUUUUUUGGAACUGACACAAAGUUUCAUCAUUCCAUUAGAAAGAUAUGUGGCAGGCUUGAUGCCUUUAAAGAAAAGUAUUUCUCCAUGGAAGAGUCCACCUCAGUUAAGACAAUUCCUUUCAGAAGAAUUUAUGAAAACACUUGAGAAAACAGGACCUCAGCUGACUUCUAGGAUAAAAGGGGAUUGGAUCGGGCUUUACCGGCAUUUUCUAAAAUCUCCAAAUUUUGAUGGUUGGUUUAAGACCCGGCGGAAGGAAAUGACCCAGAAAUUGGAGGCACUGCAUCUCGAAGCUCUUUGUGAAGAGGACUUGCUUCUCUGGACCCAGAAACAUACAGAAGUAGAAACAGUGGACCUUGUAUUGAAGCUGAAAAAUAAACUGUUGCAGGCGAAUCGAGAUCAUUUACCUGUGAAACCUGAUACGCUGGAAAAGUUACGGACACACAUAGAUGCAAUUAUCUUAGCGUUACCAGAGGACUUACAAGGAAUACUGCUCAAAACAGCCAUGACUUGAUAAUUCCGGAUUUUCCAGCCAAAACGGAUUGUACACCAAUGAAGUAUAGUGACAUUUCAACAAGAUGCACAAAGGUGGUGGCUUAGAAUGAAAAAUAGCCGUGAAUCCUAGACAGAGGAUGGAAAGACUAUAUUGUAUAUAUAGACAUUUUUAGUGCAUUAUUUUUUAAAAUGUGCAUCUGUGGUGAUUCCACUCUAAUUCUGAAACACCGAAAGGGAUUUUGUAUAUUUUUAAUCAUGUUCUAAAGUGCUCUUAUGGGAGACCUGUGGGGCCAUCAAUAUACGUGAUUCCAAGCUGCAGUGCUGGCAUUGCAGAUAUAUUUUUUAAAUUGGUGCUGCUUUGCCCAAUCAUGUUAAACCUCAGGGUGAUAUAAAAAUAGCAUUCACACUGGCUGUCUUCUUAAGAAGGAGGAAAAGACUGAACUGUCUAACUACAGUUAUUAAAGUAGUUAAUGCUUUUGUAGUGCCUUCCGUUGCCCUACAUGUUUCACAAAUGCAGCUGCUAGUCUUGAAGCUUUUUAACUUGAUUAUGACAUGUAAUCUUGACAUUCUUUUGAGUAAUCAUUGCUUAAAAAAACACCAUUAACACUCAUUGUGUCUAUUAAUAGUAUGGUGCUUUCUUUUCUAUUGUCAUAUAGGUUUUAUUUCAUUAUUUUCUGUAUCAUUUUCAUAUUUAAUCCUAUCAGUUUUUCCAGAAGCACGAAGGAAGGCAUCUAGUAUUAAUUAUGACUUUAUACUAAUUGGGCCUAUUUAAUUAACGUGGAUAUUUUUCAAGACAUUCUGCUUAUUAACCUCAUAAUCAGCUAUUUUUAAAACUGAACUAUUCUUAUUUUAAAAACAAUUGAUAUUACAGUCAUUUGAGUAUAGGAUUGGUUUCAAAUAUUAUUUUUUGAGUAGGGGAUUUUCCCCUAAAUUAUUUCUCAAAACACUUUGCUAUUGUUUGACAUGGGAAUUUUUUGCCUGAAUCACUGUUAUAACUAGUUUGUGUGGUAGUUAACUGUGUUUGUUUUUGUUUUGUUUUAUUUAAACUAUAUACUACUUUGCCAAAAAAAGAGGACUGUGGUUUGGUUGAGCAAGGCUAUUGGGUUUAAGUUUGCAUUAGUGUCCUGCAGAAGCCACUGUAUAAAUAGGCACACAUGAUAUAGCACACAUGUAAAUAGCUGUGUCUUGAAUCACCCUUGAAGUAACCAAAUCUAGUUUGUAUUUGUCAGAGAAAUGGCUUUCAGAAUCCCUCUCUCAUUUUCUGUUAAUAUAACUUUUAAGGGCAUUCCUGACCCAAGAAAAACUCCUUGUGUUUUUGACUGUGGUCUUAUACCCAAAUGUUCCCUUGUUUUUUGUUUGACUUUUUUUUUUAUAUGAAUAUAGUCUCUUGAAGCAUACCUCAAAGUCAUAGAAUAGGGCAUUUGAAAGAAAUCUUUGCCUUGGAUCAUGAGUUAUUUUGUGAAGCAGCAGAGUUGUCCCAAUGGAAAAGAGACAGCUACUUUUAUAUGAUAAAGUAUUUCAUAUCUCUCUGGGAAACCGUAUUUAGAUAUAAAUGGUCAUCUUAUUAUUUUUUUAAAAGGUGUAUUUUAAUAAUCUUACAAUUUAUAUGCAGUUUGUGACCAGAAUUUGAAAGUUGUUAGUGUCAUAUCAAGGAUAUUUUCAAUUAUACCACUACAGGAAGUAUUAAUUUCAAUUUUAUUAUGCACUGCUAAAGGUAGCAAAGAUGGCAGUUUAAUAAUAGUACCUUCAUAUUUACUGUCUUUAACUAAAACUUAACACAUACUAGAGCUGAGAGAUAGUACAGUGGUUAAGGCAUUAGCUUUGCACACAGCCAAUCCUGGUUCGAUCUGUGGCACUACAUAUGGUCCCCUGAGUAUAGAGCCAGGAGUAACCCUGAGCACUGCCAGGUGUGACAAACACACACACACACACACCCUCCCUGACGCAUAUUGGAAACCAUUUCAUACACACACACUCUCUCACACACACACACACACACAUACACACACACACCCUGACGCAUAUUGGAAACCAUUUCAUACACUCACACACACACACUCCCUGAUGCAUAUUGGAAACCACUUCAUACACACACUCACACACACACACACACACACACUCCCUGAUGCAUAUUGGAAACCACUUCAUACACACACUCUCACACACACACACACCCUGACGCAUAUUGGAAACCAUUUCAUACACACACACACACACACACACACUCCCUGAUGCAUAUUGGAAACCACUUCAUACACACACACACACACACACACACACACACACACACUCCCUGAUGCAUAUUGGAAACCACUUCAUACACACACUCUCACACACACACACACACACACACACACCCUGACGCAUAUUGGAAACUAUUUCAUACCCACACACAUUACACACACACCCUCCCUCAUACACACACACACUCCCCCCUCCCUGACGCAUAUUGGAAACCAUACACACACACAAUUUCAUACACAUAUUACACACACACACAUACUCCCUGAUGCAUAUUGGAAACCAUUUCAUAUACACACACACACUCACACACACACACACACACACCCUGAUGCAUAUUGGAAACUAUUUCAUACCCACACACGUUACACACACACACACACACACACACACCCCUCCUUGACACAUAUUGGAAACCAUACACAAUUUCAUACACACAUUACACACACACACACACCCCUCCCUGACGCAUAUUGGAAACCAUACACACACACACACAAUUUCAUACACACAUUACACACACACACACACACUCCCUGACGCAUAUUGGAAACCAUUUCAUACUUUCCCAAUUUAGUAAUUUCAAAUUAUGUACUAAGAAAAGGUAACUAACUGAAAAUUAUUUUGGAAACCUGGGAAAGUAUGACUGGUAACAAUGUUUUUAUGUGGUUUGCAGAGUUCUCUUCUUCCCCCCCCCCUUUUUUUUUUUUUUUUUUGUUUUCUUUUGAGAAGAUCUGUUAAAACCUGCCACUUAAUGUUUAUCUCCACCAGCAUCAGAAGGAAUCACUGCUUUCAGGGUAUAAUGUAAUGUCUACUGCCUUCUGUUUUCAGUGAAAAGAAGUUUUGUGAAGGCAUUUAUGGUCAUUACCAAAAAUUGAAUUAAAGGCCUUGGAUUUUAAA